UACAUUCGUAUUCAUACGUGUGUGAGUCGUGUAAACGGUGAAUCUGUAUAGGAAAAGCAGUGGAAGAAUUCGGCCACGUGUGCGACGAACCGUCUCCGAGAAUACGAUGAAUACAACGACGGCCAAAAUCUUCGAUUAGAUAGACAUACUCGAAGAGUUUAUAUUUGAACGACAAGCCGAUCGUUCUUCUCACUACAAUAGUUGGUGCGCCCAUUUUUUCUACUACAAUAGCAAUCGACAGAAUUAAAAAAAGCAAGAAAGAACAGAAAAAAUAUUAAGAGAAUCAUUAAGACAUCCCGAGAAUCGCAAAAAUGCACUUGAAGAUAAAUAUCAAGUGGUGACAUACAGGCGAUCUAGUGGCUGAUAUCUUACUUUUUCAAGAGCCUCAUCGAAGAUUCGCAAAAUAAAUAGAUAUUGGCACGAUUGAUUGUGGGAACUGAUGAUAUCUGCAAAAGAAGUUGAUACAACAAGAUACGCGAAGUGUUAAUUUGUCAAGUGAUUGAAAUCGCGGCUGAUAAUCUUGAUAUCAAAAGCUGUAAAUUUUCACAACUUCAGUUCAUUAUCGAUUUUUGAUGCUAAUUGAUGAAAGUAUAUUGAUACUGUAAAUUGUUGAAAAAGGAAGGAAGUGUUCUUUAUUAAAAAAAGAAAGUCGAUUCAAACGUCGAAUACGAGUGACAGUGUGUUAAUAAUUGUGGUGUAGCUAACUCAAUAAGGUAAUCGAUUUCAUCGUGUUGGUUCAAGUAAUUUGCGGUGAGUUAAUGCUGCGCCUAAGGACUGAUGGAUUCAACGAAAACCAAGUCGAAGCCGAAUCCAAGGGAAAAGGCGAACAUUCUGUCGGUAUUGCUAUGGUGGUGGACUAUCAGUUUAUUCAAGACAGGAUACAAGAAAGUUCUAGAAUCAGAGGACUUGUUUGACCCUUUGAAAGUCGACCGAUCGGGUCUGCUCGGAGAUCGGUUAGAAAAACGAUGGAAAAUCGAACUGGAAAACGCGAAGAAAUGGAAACGCAAUCCGAGUUUGCUGAAGACCAUUUUCCGUACAUUCUCGUGGGAGUACUUCUUGCUCGGAAUGAUUCAGAUACUCAACGAGUUUGUGAUAAGAUUGGGCACGCCGUUGCUGCUGGGUGGUCUCUUGCGCUACUUCCGGAAGGACUCGAUCGAAUCGUAUGAGAACGCUCUAUGGUACGCGGCUGGAAUAUGCAUAGCGACUGGCAUGAACGUGAUAAGCGGCAAUCAAACCAUUUUCGGAGCUUUUCACGUUGGCGCCAAGAUCCGCGUAGCCGUCUGUUCCGUGGUGUACAGAAAGGCUCUGCGUCUGAGCAAGACUGCGCUGGGCGAGACAGCACCGGGAAAAGUGGUCAAUCUGGUGGCCAACGAUGUCAAUAGAUUUGAUCUCGUCUCCAUUUUUAUCCAUCACAUGUGGUCGGCACCUCUGUCCGCCCUAAUAGUGGCCUACAUCUUGUACCAGGAGGUCGGCUAUGCCGGUCUCAUCGGUAUUGCCACUAUCUUCUUGGUUGUGCCGAUCCAAUCUUACACCGGCAAGCUGUCGUCCAAGUUUCGUCUUCAGACAGCAAUCAAAACUGACGAGCGAGUUCGGUUGAUGGACGAGAUCAUUUCCGGAGUGCAGGUGAUCAAAAUGUACGCGUGGGAAAAGCCGUUCUGCGCGAUGGUCGAGCUGGCUCGCAAGCUCGAGCUACGAGUGGUGACCAAAAGCUCGUACAUCCGUGGCAUCUACAUGACAUUCAAUCUCUUCACGACUCGGAUGGCGCUCUACUGCACCCUCGUCACCAUGCUGAUGUUCGGCAACGAGAUCACCGCCGACAAGGUCUUCGUCGUUUCGUCCUACUUCAACAUUCUUGCGCAGACCAUGACUGGCAUGUUUGUGCGCGGCUUCGCCGAGCUGGCUGAGUGUAUGGUGGCUAUACGCAGGCUUCAGAAUUUCCUCCUGUUCGAUGAGUUUCAGAACAGCAGCAUCUCUAAAGCGUCCUCCGACUAUCCUAGCCUCUGUUCAGAUAAGCAAACCGCCUACAAGCAGGAGGAGAGGCAGGAAUUGCCCUUCAUUGAUGAUGAUGUCGCGGACAGUUAUGAAAACUUAGACCAAAGUAAUGAUUACAGAAAGCAGAAUGGAUUGAUGAUCGUCGCUAGCGAUUUGCUAAAGAACACCGCCGAUCUUAUUGAGGAAAAGAAGCGGUUAUCUACGUACAACGAUAACAAUUGUGCCAUCAAAAUGAUCAACGUAACUGCUAAGUGGGAGGCUAGGCAGUCACAAAAUAUCUUGGAGGAUUUGAAUCUGGAAAUGAAGAAGGGAAAGCUGUACGCCGUGAUCGGCAUGGUGGGCAGCGGCAAGAGCUCCCUUCUGUCUGCGAUUCUGGGUGAAAUCACCCUGACGGGUGGUCAGAUCAAGGUCAACGGCAGUAUCAGCUAUGCCGGCCAAGAAGCCUGGGUGUUUGGUGCCACUGUUCGACAGAACAUACUCUUCGGACAGCCUUAUGAGCGUCACCGAUACCAGAAGGUGAUUAAGGCUUGCGCCCUGCUGCGCGACUUUAAACAGUUCCCGCAGGGCGACCAGACUAUGGUAGGCGAACGUGGCAGUUCAUUGUCUGGGGGACAAAAGGCCAGGAUCAAUCUGGCCAGGGCCCUGUACAGACAGUCGGACAUCUACCUGUUGGAUGAUCCUUUAAGCGCGGUCGACGCACACGUCAGCAAACAUUUGUUUCACGAAUGUAUUCAGAGAUACUUAGCCGAUAAGACGAGGAUCUUGGCGACGCAUCAGCUGCAAUACAUAAAGGGAGUGGACGCCAUUAUACUGCUCGAACAAGGAAGAAUAAAGUACUUUUCGCAUUACCAAGAUUUAUUGGCGUAUCGACCCGAGUACGGAGUACUCUUGGCAGACGAGAACGAAAUCGAUGACUCGUCUUUAGAAAGAAGCAUGAACAUGAGACGAAAGUUUUCCUCCGCAAGUAAUAGAAGUCGUACUCCGGACGCCAGCAGCGGUGGCACAGACGACGAAGAGGAAGACGAAGAUGAAGAGCAACUAAAUAACGGUCUUGAGGGGACGUCACGUGGUAUAGUUAAAGGUUCUAUAUUUAUCAAGUUCUUCCAAACUGGUGCCAAUUUGUACAUGGCCUUCAUUGUUCUAUUGCUGUUUAUCCUCACGCAAUUUAUUGUCAGUCUCAGCGACUUCUUUGUGCCUUUCUUAGUCAAUACUGUAGAAGAUCAAAGAUAUCUAGCCAAAUUACAUAGCUUGAAUCAAACGAAUGAUACUUACGAGAAUGUAACGACGAAUCAUUCAGAUACUAUUCCCUCGGAUGAUGAGAAUAUGAUGACUUAUAUCUACAUCUACACAGGCAUUGUGCUGGGCAUUUUCAUUAUUGGUAUCACCAGAUCGUUAUUUUUUUACAAGACAUGCAUGACUUGCAGUCAGCGUUUGCACGAUAUGAUGUUCAGCGCAUUAAUUCGCACGGGAAUGCGAUUCUUCGACACCAAUCCUAGCGGAAGGAUAUUAAACCGGUUCUCUAAGGACAUGGGCACUAUCGACGAAUUAUUACCCAAGGCGUGCCUGGAUGCCGGACAGAUGAACAUGAUGAUGUUCGGCUCGCUGAUAGUAACCUGCAUAGUCAAUCCUAUCUUCUUGGUGCCCAUCGUGUUCAUCAGCAUAAUAUUUUACUGGCUCCGCAGAGUUUAUCUCAAGACCAGUAAAAAUGUCAAGCGGCUGGAAGGAAUAGCUCGCUCGCCAGUAUUUACUCAUCUAAAUGCCACGUUAAACGGUUUGACAACUAUCAGAGCAUACUGCGCUCAAACUAUACUGAAGCAGGAAUUCGACAAGUUGCAGGAUGUACACACGUCUACCGUUUAUAUGUAUAUUGUCACUAGCACAGCAUUCGGAUUCACUCUGGAUGUAUUCUGUUUCUUUUUCAUUUCGCUCGUCACCUUUAGCUUUUUGCUAUUCAAUCAAUCAUUUUCCGGUGGCGAGGUUGGAUUGGCUAUCACUCAGAUAAUGGCAAUGACUGGGAUAAUUCAGUGGGGAAUGCGGCAAAGCGCCGAGGUGACAAAUCAGAUGAUGGCAGUGGAACGUGUGCUCGAAUAUAUUCAGCUUGCGGCAGAACCAAAUUUGAGAGAUAGAGGAACAUACUUGAAGAAGAAAGACAAGGAGAAUCUGGCAUUGCCGGAUAAUGCACCGAAAAGCUGGCCCAAAGACGGUAGCAUCAUAUUCAAGAAUGUUUAUAUGCGUUACUCGGACGAGGAUCCGCCUGUUCUUAAGAGCUUGAACAUGGUGAUCUAUCCCGGGGAGAAGGUUGGUAUCGUGGGAAGAACUGGUGCCGGAAAAUCAUCCUUGAUAGCAGCUCUGUUUCGAUUGGCGAAAGUGGAGGGAAUCAUUGAGAUUGAUAGCAUAAACACGGGUGUGAUCGCCUUGGAGGAUUUGCGACGCAAAAUAUCCAUCAUCCCUCAAGAUCCUGUAUUAUUCUCAGGCACUCUGAGACGUAAUCUGGAUCCCUUCGAUGAAUUCCCCGACAGAGACUUGUGGGAAGCACUCGAAGAGGUUGAGUUGAAAGACGCGGUUGGCAUUAACAACGGGAAUGGUUUGGAGAGUCACGUGUUUGACAGAGGCAGCAAUUACAGUGUCGGUCAGAGACAAUUGGUAUGCUUAGCGCGAGCCAUUCUGAGAAACAAUCGUAUAUUGAUGCUGGAUGAAGCGACCGCGAAUGUCGAUCCGCAAACCGACGCGUUGAUCCAACGCACCAUCAGAAAAAAGUUUGCGGCCUGCACGAUGCUCACGGUUGCGCAUCGAUUAAACACUAUAAUGGACAGUGAUAAGGUUCUGGUGAUGGAUAAAGGUCGUAUGGCUGAAUACGAUCACCCUCAUAUAUUACUGCAAAACAGCUACAGUCAGUUCACUUCGUUGGUAAGAGAAACCGGUCCAGGCAUGUACGACCAACUCCUCAAGGUGGCUAAGCAAUCGUACGUAAACAAAUAUGGCGGAACAUGACGAAGCAUGAAUGGAUUUUUCGAAAAUAAAUAUUUGUUAAUUGAAUUUUUUUUUUUCGAUUUUCCGCUUUUUACACUCAAUCGAAUUAAAAGCAUAUGUCGUUCAAUAUAUGUGAUAUAUCUGUAAUAUAUAGAAAGAACCGAAAGAAUAUAUAUAAAGAAGACAUACAUUAUUAUAUUUGCAUGCAGACAAGUUUCAUUUAUAUUUUCUACAAGCUUAAAAGAAUACAUUGUAUUAUGCCUUUCUUCGGAACAUUCUUGUAUGGACACAAUACUUCUCCUGAGUAUUAUAAUGCGUAUCUAGAGCGUUUAUAGAAAAUCAUAUUUUUGUAUGUCAUAUAUUUAGUGAUUGUUUUGUUAGAUUAUUCUCGCCGUAAUGUCAACGUUCUUCUACAUGAUGAGUCACAGUAAUAUUAUAUUUCUUUACAUUCUAAGCUUUUACUUUUAGAAAUUAUAAAUAUCUUUAAAUCUCUUACGGUAAAUUAAACGUAUAUCAAUUUAUUUAGGAUGAAUUGGGUCAACGAGAUAAAGCAAGAUUUAUUUUAAAAACAUGGGUUUAUAUAUAUAUAUAUAUACCUAACAAUUAAAUAAUAUUUACACACUGUAAACAUUUUAUCGCGUUAUCGUAACAUUCAGAACAUGUAUAAGAUAAGAUCUAAAAAUGAGAAUUGCUAUAUAAUAUCGAUGUGAGUUUAACAAUUUAAAUAAAUUUAUUUUAUAUCGAAGCCAAUAAAAUAUAUUUAUCGAAAAUAAUAGUUAAUAAUGACAGUUUUAUAUCAUUUAAAAAUAUUAUAUCGAUUUCUCUCUCUCUCUCUCAACUUGUGAUCUUGCUUCAGCAAAGGUUGCAUGGCGGCUCUAAUGAAAAAUAUAUAGUUUGUAGUGUCGCGAAUAUAUAAUUAUAAUCGAUACACGAGUAAAUAUUCCGAAGAUAAACUCAGAUACUUAAUGAAACAAUAUACUUAAUUUUUUUUUAUUUGUCGUAAUUAUACGUAAUUUUUGUUAU